AUGGAAGUAUACAUAGACGACAUGCUGGUUAAGAGUGUCAAAGAACAAGAUCACGUCAAGGAUCUGGAAGAGUGUUUCCAAAUCCUAAAAGCUUUUGGCAUGAAGUUGAAUCCUGCCAAGUGUACCUUUGGGGUGCGAGGGGGAAAAUUCCUCGGUUACAUGAUCUCCGAAAGAGGUAUAGAGGCGAACCCCGAAAAGAUCAGCGUUAUCAUGAACAUGCGCCCUCCCAAGUCAAUCAAAGAGGUGCAAAAGAUUGCUGGAAAACUGGCUUCCCUGAAUAGGUUCAUUUCGCAGUCUGUGGAUAAGGGCCUACAUUUCUUCAGAAUACUUCGCGGUGCGGCAAAAUUUAAGUGGGACAAAUCUAGCCAAGAAGCAUUUGAUGCACUGAAGAGGUAUUUAUCUUCGCCGCCUCUAUUGACAAAACCAAGAACUGGACCCUCUACCUUUACUUGGCAAUUUCUGGAGAAGAGGUUAGCUCGAUUUUGGUACGACGGGAAAACAGAGAGCACCACCCCGUGCAUUAAGGCACAGGCGCUAGCUGACUUCAUUGUAGAGUUGGCAUAUGAUGAAGCAGGUAUCUCUACGCCUUCCUGGAGUCUACAUGUCGAUGGAUCAUCAACAUCGACGGGAAGCAAGGCUGGAAUAGUGUUGGAGAGCCCUGAAGGUGAUAAGUUCGAGUAUGCGAUAAAACUAGAAUACCCCUCGUCCAACAAUGAAGCGGAAUACGAGGCAAUCUUAGCAGGAGGUGAGUUAGCCUUAGCCGUAGGGGCAAGGAAGAUUGUCAUUUAUAGCGACUCACAGUUGUUGGUCAACCAAAUCCAAGGCUCGUUCGAGACCCGAGAUGAAAAAAUGGCUAAGUAUUCAUUGAAAGCAAAAACUCUACUUGAAAAGUUUGAAGAAGCCUCUGUUAUUCAGGUGUCGAGGACGGAAAACAUCGUAGCUGACCAACUAGCUAAACUAGCAAGUUCGAUGGCAGCCAUCCGAAGCAGAAAAAUCACCUUUCUCUCUUUAGAACGAGCCGUGAUAGAGGAGAAAGAGGAGAUCAUGUGCGCUGACCCAACACCUCUGAGCUGGAAGGAAGAUAUCGUCAAUUUCUUAACUAAGGGAGCCGUGCCAGAGAACCAAAAGGAGGCGAAGGCCUUGCGAGGAAAAGCAUCCCGCUUCGUCAUGAUGGACGGAGACUUGUACAAACGUGGUUUCUCACUGCCCCUCUUAAAAUGCCUAACUUCUGAAGAGGGAAAUUAUGUCCUACGAGAGAUACACGAUGGAAUUUGCGGAAACCACCUCGGAGGAAAGGCCCUAGCAGGAAAAGCCCUCAGGCAAGGUUUCUUUUGGCCAACAAUGCUCUCUGAUGCACAUGGAUUGGUUAGAUGA